UGUUUUAACACAAUAAAUAAUAUAACUAAUCCUCCUCUGUUUUCAAUAUUAUCAUUAAUAUUAUUAAUAUAACUCUCAGACGGAUUUGUGAAAUCGUUUUGUGCUUGUGCAUUUUUGUGGUUAUUUAUUUUAAUUUUAAUUUUUAUCGUAUGGAAAAAUAAUCAAAUAUAGUUUCAACAUAAGAACGUGUUCAGGCAAGGUCAACUACGUUAAUGUAACCGUACCCUCAUAUUAAACGUCAAGUUAUCCAUCAAUUUCACAAAAAAAAAAAAAAAUUAAAUUGCUUACACCCACAUAAACGCUCAGCAGGUGCAGCUCAGUGUUAAUUAAACCAGGAAGAACGAAUGUGAGACCAUAUUUCGUGUUUUAUAUGUGUGGAUUUGAAAACUUGAAGGACUCUAUGUGGCAACACGUGCUGAACAUAAGAUGACCAAAUGCGUGGACAAUGCCCGGUGGCCAGCCAGUGCAGCUGAUCGUCAUGGUGUUGGUGUAUUGUGGAACAAUAUUUGCAGAUUGGGCCGAUUGUCCAACUCCUUGUCAAUGCAAGUGGAGUUCAGGGAAAAAAACAGCGUUGUGCAGAGAUGCCGAUUUUACCGAUAUACCUUUAUCGCUAAAUCCAGAUAUGCAAGUACUUGAUCUGAGUUCUAAUAACAUACGCCACUUACCGGAGGACGCAUUUAAAAAAGUAGGACUCCUUAAUCUGCAACGAGUAUUUUUACGUGGCUGUGGAAUACGAAAUGUUCAUAAAGAUGCAUUUAGAGAACUGAAAAUACUUAUAGAACUAGAUCUUAGUGAUAACUUGAUUGGUUCAUUGCACCAAGAGACAUUUUUGGGAAAUGAACGACUUCGUGUACUCUAUUUAAAUGGAAAUCCUUUAACUGAAAUUAAGGAAGUUCAAUUUCCCGUAUUACAGCAUCUUCGAACACUAGAAUUACAACACUGUCAAAUUAAGCGAAUUCAUAGAGAUGCUUUCUUGCACUUGUCUUCGUUAGAGUCUUUAAAUUUAAAUGGAAACCUAUUAAAGUGGUUAUCAGAAACUGUAUUUUUGCCAAUAUCAAAACUAAAAACAUUAUCUUUGGAUGGAAACCCGUGGGUAUGUGAUUGCCAUCUAAGGAAUUUUCGAAACUGGUUUGUUUCGUCAAAUUUAUACUCGCACCCAUUGUCAUGUAUUGAACCAAAUAUAUUGUCGGGUAUUCGGUGGGAGAAUAUAAAACCACCAGAGUUUGCAUGUCCUCCAUUAGUCAAAAUUGACAGAAACAGUGUGUUAGAAGAUGCUGGUAAUAUUACUUUUACAUGUAAAGUGACCGGAGAUCCUGAGCCAGAAGUGAGCUGGUAUUUCAAUGGACAUAGUAUAGACAACUAUACCGAUCGAAUGGAUGAAAAUCGUACAUGGCUAGAUAACAAUCAAAUGUGGAGUGCUCUUCACAUAUUCAAUGUUUCAGAUGUAGUGGCUGGCGAAUUUACUUGUGAAGCUCGGAAUUUACGUGGGAAAAUGUCAGCCAAUGUAUCCUUAGCUUUACCAGAAGUAGCAGUUGCUACGACAUUGAGUAAAUCUAAAUCUAUGUACUUGGUUAUAGUUUGUGUAGCCGCUAGUGCAAUGGUUUUAUUAUUUUUAAUAGGCUUGACAUGUUGCGUAUGUCAAGUGAAGAAAUCUGGUGGACGGCGUGAUAGUAAGACUAAUUUUAAAGGAAGUACUAGUUUCAGCGAUGCAGACAAACGACUUCUUGACGCUAGCAUAUCCACUACACAAGCUGGUAGCUGUGAAAUGCUUGGUGGCUCUUCUUGCCAGGACUUGGAGCUCAUUGAACAGUCAUUACAAAAUAUCCCAUUGGCUUCCGUUUGCGAUCAACAACCGGUUCACAUAACUAUCGAAAGUCAUGACCCUAAUUCUAGUUUGUCACUGUACCCACCACCACCAGAAUUUUCCACUAGUAUUUUGCCAUCAGUCAGUGGUUUCGGAAAUAUAUUUAUUUCAGUAUCAGUAAGUCAAGAACCACCAGACCCUGAAUCUAGGUAUCCAGACUUGCUUGACAUGAAACACAGACAAAAACAAAACGUUAGUGUUGGUACCAGCUCAACCCAUCAUCUUCCACCAGCUUCGUCAUACUACGCUACUAUGCCAAGGAAAAAACGAUUAAUAGACCAUCAAUCCAUCAAAUCGGUGAUGCCAAAUUACGAUAACAUGGGUCCGAGAAUUACUGCAACAGGAAGUUGUACGAACCUGUCAUCGUUUUCUAAUAGCGGUGAAUCUUCCGACGAUAUACCACCGCCACCACCGCCACCUUUAUGUACUGGACACACUGAUUACGUGGCUCUGUAAUUAAACAAUAAUUUAAGUACUAAUUGAAAAAUAAUUUUUUAGAUC